CUCAAUGGCUGUCGUUCUGUGGGCGUCACAUUUCAAUGAACAAGCGAGCUCCGCUGAGCACCCACAGAGCCUCGUCUCCGUGAAGUCGAAGUGGUUUCCACACAGAUGAGUCAUUCCUCAAGGAGACCAGACAGAGAAGGGGGAGUGCUUUCACUUCACAUGACACAGGAACCUCGCUGCAGCACGAGAGAGCAACAGAGCCCGAGAGCCCAUCGUCCUCAUCAUCGUCAUGUCGGUGCACGAGGCAGCAUCCCUCCUUCAAAUAUGCAGGAUCAUGCGGCCAGAUGACGCCAACAUUGUGGGCAACGUCCACGGCGGCAUCAUCCUCAAGAUGAUCGAGGAAGCCGGAUGCAUCGUUGGCACGCGACACUGCAACGCACAGAACGGGGACCGCUGCAUGGCAGCUCUGGUUCGGGUGGAGAAAACCGAGUUCCUGUUCCCCAUGUUCAUUGGCGAGGUUGCCCACGUCACAGCUGAGAUCACGUACGCCUCCAAGCACUCGCUGGAGGUGCAGGUCAAAGUCCUAGCUGAAAACAUCCUGACAGGUGCCAAAAAGCUGGCCAACAAAGCAGCGCUGUGGUACGUGCCCUGCUCGCUGCAGAAUGUCAAUAAGGUCACGGAUGUGCCGCCGAUCAAGUAUGCCAGUCAAGAGCAAGAGGAGCAGGGCAGAAAGCGCUACGAGGCUCAGAAGCUGGAGAGACUGGAGACCAAAGCGAGGACUGAAGAGGUGGUGCCACCUCCACCCAACCCAGAGGAUCCUCCAAAGGAACAACACACAGUUGGUUUCAGCCAGUCCAGUCUGAUCCAUUUGGUGGGCCCCUCUGACUGCACGUUGCACCACUACGUUCAUGGCGGUGUGACUAUGAAGCUGAUGGAUGAGGUCGCCGGCAUUGUGUCAGUUCGGCACUGCAACAGCAACGUUGUCACCGCCUCUGUGGAUGCCAUCAACUUCCAUCGCAAGAUCAACAAAGGCUGUGUGGUGACAGUGACGGGGCGGCUCACAUUCAUCAGUAACAAGUCUAUGGAAAUUGAAGUGUUGGUCGAUGCUUCCUCGCUAGUGGAGCCAGAUAAAUAUCGCGCUGUCUCGGCCUUCUUCACCUUCAUGUCCCUGGACAAGGACAAUAAACCUCAACCUGUCCCUCCUCUUAAGAUUGACGGAGAGGAGGAGCAGAGACGUUUCAAGGAAGGCGAAGCACGUUACAACCAGAAUAAAGCAAAGAGACUCGCAGAUAAGAAGCAGUGACUCCACUGCUCACCAGUAAAACCUCUGCUGCGACAGUAUCAACGCCACACAACACAUACAGUAUGAAGGAAAAAAGAAAACCUCUCCCCCAUUCUGUAAUUGUAGAAUCCUGUGAAAUCUAAUUUUAAAACAAAAUGUUCUGUACUAUGCACCAAAGUGUCCAAAUAGGGCUGUACAUGUAUUUAAAAUUAAGAGUACAUCUUUUAUUUUGGGAAUAUUUCUAUUGAUGUAAAUAGACAAUUCAUCAUCCAAAGUGACAGUCUGACUGUAGAAGUAUGAUAACUAUUUUAUUUUCGGAAGAUUUCUAAGUAUGAAGACUUCAUGUUUGGUGUCAGUGCAAAGUGAUAGUCUGAGUGCAUGGAAAAUUAUGAAUAAGUGAGUGAAUAAUGAUGAAUAAAAGAUCCAAGCGUGAGUCUGGG